UUAGGCGCAGAUGAACAGACGGCCAGGGGAGAGAAACACGCUAUUCUUAAGAUUUGUUUAUGUCUGGUGGUGGGCAGAUGGCUACAAACGAGACAAUGUCUGAAUCAAAUGUCACGUUAGGUUUUUUAGAGGAGGCAGAAUCAUGGCAGCUUCUUAGCAAUCAGUUUCCAAGUAAAGUCGGAGGGAGACCAGCGUGGUUAAGCCAAUUGGAUUUGCCAAGUCUGCCCGAGUUACUAUGUGAAAAAUGCAAACUCCCAACAGUGUUUCUUUUGCAGGUGUAUGCACCAAUUCCGAAAUAUGAAAAGUGUUUUCAUAGAACAUUGUUUGUGUUCUGCUGCAAGACACCAGCCUGCUAUACUCGAAAUGACAGCAAGUGUUUUAAAGUGUUCAGAAGUCAGCUGCCAAGGAAAAACGAGUUUUAUCUGUUUGAUCCUCCUCGUGACGAGAUGCCAGAGCACGUGUUGGAAGAUCACCAGGUUCUGGGCUCCGGACUCAAACUGUGCAGGCUGUGUGGUUGUCUUGGACAGAAAGCCUGCUCGCGAUGUCACUCAGUUACAUACUGCUGCAAAGAGCACCAGAUCAUAGACUGGAAACCCCGCCACAAGAAAGAAUGUUCAAAUAAGGUUUCUCCUAGCUCAGAGGAGAUUAGUUCAUUUCUGUUUCCUGAGUGGGAGCUGGUUACUGAGCCAGAGGAGCUUCCAGCAAAAGAUGAGGAAUCCAAAAGUCUGGACCAGAAACACAUGGCCUCUUUAAAUGAUGGUUUGGAAGACAGUGAGCUAGAGAGUAUGGCCCUUCAUGAAACACAAGACUCUAAAGUGUUUCAGAGGUUCAAAGACCGCAUUGCUCAUGAACCAGAACAGGUUUUGCGGUAUUAUAAAGGUGGGUCUCCUCUUUGGGUGUCAGCUGAACAUGUGCCAAAAGAAGAGGACAUUCCAAAAUGUCCAUGUGGGGCAAUACGUAUCUUUGAAUUUCAGAUUAUGCCGCAGUUACUUAAUCACCUUAAAGUGGAUAGGACAGAUGCCAGCAUAGACUGGGGAACAGUGGCUAUCUACACAUGUAUGGAUAGCUGUGACCAAGGAACCAAAUAUUCUGCAGAGUUUAUUUGGAAACAAGACUUUUCUGUAGAUCAAGCCGUAUGAAAUUACUAAGAGGCACUGUUUGAACUUGCAAAAUGUAUAUAAAAGUAUUUAAAAUAUUAUUGAAUUGUAUUAAAUGCAUGAUUACAGGCAUUGGUAUUGAGGCUUUCACAUAUUCCAUAACUGAAAAUUAAAACAUGCACAGUUGCCUUUGAUGUGUUUUACUCUCA